AUGACUCUCUUUCCGCUUAACGCAGACGUUGCACCAUCGUCUAACACGAUGCCUUCACAGCUCACUCCCGGUCCCUCUAGUGCCCCUAGACCGCCUAUAACGUACAGCCGCCGUUCCGCUAUUUCACGCAAUGCAGAUGCGACCAGCAACAUAGUCAAAGACGAAGCGAAGCGUGAAGAGACCCUCAAAGGGAUCGUUCUCAGCGCCCACGGCGGUAAUGACUUCUACGAGAACGCGGCGCGACGAGCGACCAGGAUCGACUACUGUUCACAAAACGUCGCAAGGCAGAGCAAAACGGGGUCACACACCAUCUCUUCUUUGAAAGCUGGAAAGAGAGCGGAACAGUCGGAAUCUCCACGUGCCGCGGGAAAUGACAACGCCAGCGACGAAGACGAGGAGGAAAUUGCUGAAGCUAUUGCACGCUCUCUGGGCAAGACAAUUGAAGAUCGUAACGUUGUGCGCCCCUUCCCCUCGGUACAUGACGACUCCAACAUCGCCGAAACGAAGAUCUUGUCGCUAUUGGCAGCUUCUGAGCCAGCGAAGUCUACUGCUAGGUCUAGCUCAUACGGAUCUACCGGCAGCGGCUCUACGUCUGGUUCGACUCCGCCACACACUCCACUCCAUGCUCUCCUCAACCACAUCAGAUCAGCUGCGAAGAACGUACAAGAGCUCGAUACCAACGAGUUGGCCAGACGUGCUCCUGAGCUGACAUUCAUCAUGAACAGUUGGCAGAACACCGUAGCCAAGGUUCUCUCAGCGACCGAGGCUGCCGAGCUCAAGCGAAUCCAGGACAUCCAAGACUAUCUAGAUUACGACCAAGCCCUGGAAGAGAAGUGUCGAAAGAAGUUGAACGCGCUCGGGAAGCGAUGCGGAGCCCAGGUGCUCCAGAUGAAACAAGGCCAUCAAAAGGAGUUGAUGAAGCAAAAGGAGAUGUAUGAGGCUUACAUCUCACAACACAUGGCGAAGCCGCCUACUCCUCGAGCUCCAGCUUUAGUACGACCGGCGUUCGUUUUCACUGCUGGCGGCCGAGGUUUUCCCGAGCAGCAGCAGAUGUCCUCGUCCUCGAAUCCGGCAGGUUGGGCUCGCAAGAGGGCUAGACUAUCGUAA